CAGAACUCUGCGUGAAAGCCAUGAACAGUUUGGCGAGCUCCGGCCUAAUAACAAUGGAUGACUUCAGCUGCAUAGAAUCCACUGAAGCUGGGCGCUUGAUGUCCCUGUUUUAUAUGGACGUGGAAACCAUGAAGAACAUUAUGAAGAUCCAAGGCUCAGAAACACUUGAACGCCUGCUGUGUAUCGUCUGCGAAAGCCACGAAUUCGCAGACAUGCACCUCCGCGUAGACGAGCGGAGGUGCCUUAAUCUACUCAACAGGAACAACAAGGCAGCAACAAUCAGAUUCCCAAUGAAGGAAAAAAUAAGUACUAGACAAAUGAAGCUGAAUUGCAUCAUCCAGGCUACUUUAGGAUGUCUGCCCAUCCCCGAACCAGCAUUGAAUCAAGAAGCUCUAAAAGUCAUGAGAACGGCAUCCAGGGUUUGCAAAUGUUUAGUGAAAUACGUGACACGUCCAGAACUACCCCCACAACCUCAGACCUUCUCGGCCGUGUUGAACUCGAUCAUCCUAUCGAAAUGCAUCGAGGCACACCUGUGGGAAAAUUCUCCUUACGUCAGCAAGCAGCUCAAAGGCAUUGGGCCUACGUUCAGUACGCUACUGGCCAGUGCUGGAGUUACAAGCUUCAUGCUGUUGGAAGAAAGUCACCCUAGGGACUUGGAAAGGAUAAUGAACAAAGGCCCACCAGCUGGAAACAUAAUACGAAAGCAAGUCAGCCUCCUACCGAAAUAUCAAUUAACCGUAACACCAAUCGACGCCCGAUCAGUAACCAUUCAACUGAUGCUGCUAAAUCACAAUCAUCUAUCUGAGAACAUGGACCAGCUUACAGCGGGGGACAACCAUAAGAGUUACUUGAUCGUUGGGGAUUCGGAAAAUUAUCUGUUGUUGCUGACUCAAUUCACUGAUAAGGACUUCAUAAGCGUCUAUGAUGGAACAAUGAAAUACGAGGUUACAAGAAAACUCCAAAAUGAACAUAAAAUAUUGAUCCAUUGCGUGAGUUCUGUCAUAGUUGGCAUCGACGUGCAAGCUGAUUAUUUAUUUCUUGACUUGGAACCGCAAGCACCACGUGAAAAUGACCAUGCUCUUUGGUCUAAUUCAAACACACCCAGACCAAAUAUUGCAUCGAAGCAAACUGCCAUCACAGAUGUAUACAAAGAACGCAAGCGGAAGAACGAAAAUGACAUUACGCAAUGUAAAGAAAAAAAGAAACGUGAAUAUACUUUGACGCAAAAACUUAAAGCACUAAAAGAGUCUUUUAGUAAAACAUCAAAGACUUUAAAAACUGAUAUAGAUAAAUCAGUAGAAACGUCGAACAAAGUUAUACAUGACUUGCUGGACGGCAGAAACAGGCCCCGAUUUCCAGAGAAUAACCAAGUAAUCAUUGAAGCGGCUAAAGAAUUUCCUAGAGUUGAUCUCACAAAAGGCAUUACAGAUGGCUCAAAUAAUAGACCCAGUUUUUCAGAAAACAGUCUCGUAGUAGAGUAUCCUACUGUAGAUCUCACAAAAAAUGUAGGAGCUGACAAAUUUGAAGAAUUUACAAUUAAUGAUAACUAUGACUACAUAGAUGAUUCACAGAUUAAUAGUAUAUUGAGCAAGAUAGAAUCUGAAAUGACAUCAAAUGAUCCUAUUUCUACUAAUAUGCAAUAUAAUAUAAUCCCUGAAACGAAUGUUUCAAAGGAGCCUAAUAAUGUGAAUUCUAAUGCGAGACCAAUGUCAGAAGCGCAAAAAGUGGAAUUUAAAUAUAGGAAUAUGAAUAACACACAAAAUUUGAGAAAUAAAUCCAGCCGAAGUGCUAAAGACUUUAAUAAACGUAAAAUGUUUAAAUCCAAUUUCAGUGUCAUAGAUUUAAUAGAAACGAAAGCGAAUAUUGCUGAUGACAACAUUGAAAAGAAUUCUGACAAAAGCAUCGAUAGUGGAUUUUCUGAUGCAAUUAAAUCUCAAAUAAAUAAGUUCUUACAGCGGGCACAAAAUACAACUAAACCUAAAAUGCCAGUAAUAGAUCAGCUGCUUGAUAAUUCAGUGGCCGGAGAACUACCAGAAGUAUUUGUCAACGGUUAUAGACAAGAAAAUACUAGCACUACUUGCAGCAAAUCAAACAACGAGGUACAAUGUCGUGAAAUCAAAAUUCAAGCUAAAGAUAUGCCGCAAGACGUUGACAAAUAUGUACAACCUGAUGUAAAUGACGAAAACUAUAACUUUGAUGAAAAUCUUGACUUGCCAGAAGUAAAUUUAAAAAGUGUACAAUUCGAAGAAUCUAAUAAAUAUGAACGAAAAGAUGAUCAAACCUUUGACAAUGGAACUGUAGAAUACGACAAAAUGGAUAUAAGUGACAAUCUACAAGAAAUUAAUAAACCUGACGAUAGUAAUGAUUUUAAGGCAGUAUAUCCAACUGUGCCGCUAAAUACUAACUUGAAACAUAUGCCAAUUAGAAACCAAAACCUUGCGCUUACUUCUAACAUUACGAGAGAUAAAACCAUACCAGUAAAUCCAUUGCAAACUACGAGAAUGAAUGAAUCAAAAGAAGAACAUUUUAAGUCUGAAAAAGUAAAUGUAAACCCUGUGCUAACUUUAAAACUGAACCAAUAUGCAGAAAACCAAGCAGAUACUAUCAGCAAUGGUUUAAGUAAAUCUGAUCAAAAAAAUAUUAUAUUUAACAAAAUGGACAUACAAGAAAACGAAACAAUUAAAGGAAGUAAUAGUUGUGAUCAAAGCCUUGAUAUGAUUACGCCGUUAAAUACAAACUUGGAACGGAAUCCAGUUACACUUAAUCACGAUAGUCCUAUGAAAAUUGUUCAAACAUUGGAAACUAACAAAAGUGCUGAUUUUGGCUUGGCAGAAGUUAGUGACAAGAUUUUGGCGACUUUCCAACCCGUAGGCCUUAAUAAUUAUGACCAAAAGAUAAUGAAUAGUAACCAAAUGGAUAUGCAUAGUAGACAAGAAAGUAAUACGCCUAGCCAGAGGAUUGAUUAUGGCCAAACUGCAUUUAAACAUUCUAAGGAAAGUCUGAAAAACAUAGCACAUGAUAUUUCUAACGUUAAUUCGUUAGAAACGAUUACCAAACCAAAUUAUACCAAUAAUGCUCUGAUACCAUAUAAUUGCAGUGUUGAAACUAUCGGGAAAAGCCAUAGUCAACGACCUACCAAGCUGAAAUCUUUCAUACCGUAUUCCGAUUAUCAAAAUACAUAUGGUCAAGAUAUCAAUGAUUUGCUUAUUGACAAAAUGAUGAACCAAAGUAAUCAUCAAUGUGGUCCAUCAGACUAUGGCGUAAAUAGCGCCAAUCUGGUUUUAACAGACCAAAUGAGAGGUAUAGAUCGUAGUAACGAUUUAGUAAGUAGAUUUAAUUUGAAACCUUUGAGGAAUAACGAAAAUUUGACGAGGAAUAUUAAUCAACCUUGUGAUUUUUACAAUGCCUCAAGUAUAGGUAAUAAAAAUGCAUGCCCUUCGGAUACAAAACAAGUUAAACAAGAAAAGCAUGAAAAUUUUAACAAUCAAAACGAAACCUACUUUAAACGAUUUUCUUACACUGCAACAAAAGUAGAUGUCUGCACAAAGAAAUAUGCUCCCGACCACGAACUCCGAAUUACAAGAAAACUUAAGUUAGAUGUAGAUGUAACAGAAAUAAUGAAACAGGACAAUACCAAUCAGACCAAUGAAGGUUUUAAUGGAGAAACAUAUGAAGGUCACGAUGACAGGAAACCAAAACAAAACAAUGAAAAUGUAUUCGAAAAUAUCACUGCAGAAAAUAUGACUAAUGAAAAUGAACAAACGAAUGAUGAUGACAUUAUUGUAAUCGAUAAACCUGAUAUACAUAAAAAUAGUAAUGCAAGAAAGAGUAUACAAAAAAGUAUCGAAGAUAAACCAAAGUUUUCAGCAACAAAUAACAGUAUCGGGAAUAUUUUACAAAAAUACAGUAAAAUAUUAGUCAAACCUGAAACAUCUACACCGUCUUUUAACAAGAUCAAUAAGAAAGCUGACACCACAAGCGCUAAAGCUAUUGAGCACACCAUACCCAAAUCCAGAAAACCGUUUAAAAUCACCGAUAUUAAUGGUGUAGAGAUGCCUUUAUCUCUCGAUAUAACCAAUAAACCACUUGUUAAUAGUAGUCAGAUCGAACCUGUUGCAACAGCUAAAAGAAUCAAACUUGAAACUAAAGAAAAUAUAGAAUUGUAUAAACCAGAAGAUAUUAAUUUGACCCCUAAAACUAACUUCCAUAAUAAAACAGUUGACAACAAAUCUUUCGAAUCACCUGUUUCGGCCCACAGUUUAAAAUUAGACUCAAUAGAAGAUAUUAAGAACGAAAAUAUAUUCAACCCAAAACAAGAUAUGAAAGACGAAAGUAUGUUUAAUCCAAAAUUACUAUUACAAUACUGUACCGAAACGAAUGAAGACACUAAUAUAAUCGCUCCACCAGCAGAUUUCAGUGAUAAUGCGCCUAUCUAUUCCCCGAUAGCUAGUCAAGAAAUUACAUCCCUUUACAACAAUGAUGAUCAAACGGAAAAUAUGGAAGAUAACUUCAAUAGCGCUGCCUUUGAAUCAGAUUUGCCAUCUCCUCCUCAAGAAAUGGAAACAUGGUGUUUAUCCAAAGAUGACGAAACAUAUCAGUCACCGAUGAGAUCGGCUCCUUGGGUCAUUUCACAACGGGCACAUACUAAUUUCGGUGCAAGACGCGAUAAGUUGUGCCAGUUCAAGUUUGUAAGGAAAAAGACGUAUAAGCCUAAAUGAAAGUGAUUUGAAUGUUUUGAAAUAAAAGUUCUUAAAACUAUUUGGCUUUUCAUUUUUAGCCAUUGACGAAAAUG